AUGGAUGUGGUUGAUAGGAUGGAAUACAAGUUUUCUUUGGUGGUGGUCGUAUCUUUAGCCGGACGUUUCGACCAUGAAUUCGAUAUUACGUGGGGCUAUGACCUAGUUAAGAUAUUGGACAAUGGGCAACUACUUACACUGUCUCUUGAUAAUAAUUCACGCUUUGGAAUUUGGUCAAAAAGACAGUACAUGUUUGGGAAAAUUGAAAUGAAGAUCAAGCUUGUCCCUGGCAAUUCUGCAGUAGGUACAACAACUACAUACUAUUUAUCUUCAGUGGGACCAACUCAUGACGAGAUUGACUUUGAGUUUCUUGGCAACAUUUAUCCAAGGAUUCAGUUAUCCAAGCUCUGGAUAAAUUUGGCCAAGCAAGGAUCAAAUGGGUGCAAAAGAAAUACAUGGUUUACAACUAUUGUACUGAUAGGAAACGUUUCCCCCAAGAAUGAUGUUUGUGAGCGGUUCAGUAAUUUAUGCACUGAAGUUUAUUGUGGUUAA